GAGGGAUUUCAGCAAUAAUAGGUGGCUUGUCUCCAUGAUUAAUCCCCUCCAUUUUCAAACUUGUUGUAAUUGUAGACUCUACUGUCCUGACUACUCCGAUCGAGUAGACUAGAUUCUAGACCUGUACUGGCCAACUAAACAAAUCUUAAGAGUAUUUCACUAGUUCUCAAUCUCAAUCACGCCAGCUUCAAGUUCAAUGAUUAGCUCCGACUCCGAGACCGAGGUUCCAGCUCCGCGACACUCCCCUUCAUGGUGGUCAGCUCAGCUCAUUGACGUCGUCUGGUACCAGCUGCAACUUUCCAUUGAUAAAGAUAAAAAUGAAAAUAUUUUCACUUUUUUUAUUUUAAGUAUAUAAUUCUUCCAUUCAAAAAUAUUAUGAAUCUUUUAAUUUAAGUUUUUAAUACAAUUUUGUUAAUGUAAUAAUGGAUUUAAACAUUUUUUUAUUCACGACAAAAUGAAAUUGAGUGCAAAGCUUGGCAACAUUUUCAAGAUGGCAGCGCCCUUGCGACUCUCCGCUUUAAAGUGUGCUUCAAAUUUGUCAAGAUUUCAACGGAUUUUGCCACAAUUAGUGACAAAAAUCAACUAUUCUUCUUCAGAAAAUGCCGUAGCUAAGUCAGUUGAGCCACAAUAUCCACCAAUAGCACCUCCCAAAGACAGUAAAGGAGAGUUGAUUCGCAUCGCAUCGGAGCCCGUUCUCGCCGCCGAAACUCCGGCGGAGUCGAUCUACGCUCUGACGAAGAAGUACACGUGGAAUUACAAUAUUCAUCCUUACGCUUAUCACCCGGGAUUCGUUAACUUUUAUAAGCACAUUACAAAGACUGAAAUCGUAGAUGGGUUUCCCAAUGCAAUUGAAUCAUGGAUUAAAAGCGAAGAGGUGCAAAAUCUAACAAAAAGUGUGGUGGAUAUUGCACAGAAUGUUCUCGUGAAUGAUCACAACUUGACAUACAGACACAAACAGAAUAUUGUAUUAAGGGACAGAGAUGUGGGAACCCAAGUAUGCAAGAACCUUAUAAAUUGUAUUAUUCCUUACCUGGCUUCAUCUAAUCAACAUCUAAUGGAGGCAGAUGUAGAUUUUGAUGUGGAAAUGCAGUCCUUUUGGCAACGAGGAUCACACAGAUUUUAUCAGUUUCUUGGCAAGCCUCUACUAACUGUUCGAACGAAGCAGCCACUCAGAGAGUUUAUUGAGAAAGAUGCAGAUGUGUGCCAAGGGCCCAUACCAGACUGGCCUUAUCAUCCAAACGCCAUCAGUAUUUUCAAACAGUGUGGAAAUGCAGUAUGCUUCCCAGGCUUCAAGCAUGGUGGUGGUCACCUGAAUGCUCACACCCAGCUCUAUCUUACUGAUGACCGGAGGAGUAAAAUAGAGUCAAACCAUAUCCUGCAAGAUGUCCUGGAAGGUCAAGGAAUCAGCACUUCCUUUGCAUGGCUGAAUGCUCUUGCUCUCUAUCAACAGCACUGUUGUUACAAUGACAUCCCACACCCGAUGACCUGCCAGACCAUUGUCACUGAUGGCAAGUACUUCUCCUUCUACUGCUAUCAGCUUAACACUCUCAGACUGGAUGACCUAACAGGGGAGGACAACGACCUUUGCAACGUCUGCUGGCAGGUCCGUGAUGUUCCUCUGUUCUCGGCUAUUGAAGAGGGUCAGGUGGUGGAUUUUAAUGAGGAUGUGUUAAAGAUGAUGGUUGCUUUCUUAGCUAAUUCAACCUUUAGCUCAGGUUAAUAUGUUUAGAUUACUAUCAUUGAACUGUAGAUAUGAUUUGAGAUGGCUUGAGAAAUGAAGGAUCUCGAUAUUCAUACAUAUACUAAAGGACAGCGUUAGUUUAUCAAAUUUUUGGUUUUGUCUCCUUAUGGCAUGCACCAUAAUCAUGCUCAUACCUAUACUGUAAUACAGAAGAAAAAGCACUUUAGUCUCUAAAAUAUGAAAUGUUUCAGCUUUUUCCUAACACAUCAUCUUGCUCCUGGACCAUGUAAUACAAGUAAUUGUGAUCAAUGUCAAAACUUAAAACAAUGAGUGUCAUUGGCUGACAUGGAGUGCAUUGAAUAAUAUGUGUUUAUGCAACAAGCAAUUUGAUUUGCCAUUGCCAUAUUGCAAUGACAGAAAUUAAUUCCUCUCUUCCUUUCAUAUAAGCCAAUUUCUUCAAGAAGAAAAGGGAUUUUUUCAGCUAUAUAUGUUUAACAAUAACAUGAUAUGAGAGCAAUUUUCCAAAUGAAACAACAGGGCUUCAUUCCUUCUCUUAUUUAUGACCAUCUGAGGCAGUGUCAUUGUUUUUGUCAACACUUAUUUUGUUGUUGUUGCUAUAUUGUGAAAGUUCUAACAUUAGGCCUAUUGUUAUUUGUAGGAGUAUUAACUUCAUGAUGUGUAUCAUCAGGAAAUCAACCCAUCCUAAAAUUGCAGCAUGUAAUCUGCUAAAACGGGUGUAUCCUAAGGACUUCAAACACCAACAUGUACAUUUAUGGGUUGUUUAGGUUGUUGCGCAAAGAGUAUGAAAUAAAGUUAUGCUUAAGCUCAAGUAGGCACCUUGUUCUUAACAUGCAAAUCUCGUUGAUGCACUAGUCCUCUGAACUUAUCUAAUGAGGUUAUCUAUCUCUUGUAUAUCAAAUGCAACUGGGAAUUUAUAUAAGAUAAAUUCGGUCACACUCAACACUUUGUGAAACAUUCCCUUGUAGUAAAGUAUAACAAUUUAUGAUAAUUUAGAAUCAGUAAUCUAAAAAUUUGAAUUGGCAAACGUGUAUCCCAUCCCAAUGUGCAGCAUCAAUUCUCACAGUAAGUUUGAAUAACUGAUUCUUAUGUUGUCAUUGCUUGAACUCAGAAUGAAAAAAUAGCUUUCAUGACUUUUCAUGAAAUAUAAUGAGCACUUUGUAUUUACAGGUCAAUCUACAAAAAGUCGCAUAUCUUUGUCCCAGUUAGCUUUCUGCACAUAGACUGGCACCAUUGCAUUAUUCAUAUGACAUAGACAAUAACAGAUAAAAUACUCAAUUGUCAGUGAUGCUUUGACUUGAAUAUGAUUGCAGGUUGCUAGCCAAAAUGUUAUGGAUGUUAAAUUUAACCUCUUAAACACAGUUAAUUUGUUAAUUUAUUUACAGUAUUUUAUUACUUGAUAAAAUAUCAUUGAAAUUGUGCAUGGGUGUGAAGCUACAUGUAUAGGCCCUAAUAUGUUUUUUUUUUUCAUUGUGACAUUUCUUUAAUAGAAUGACCAAUAUAUAAUUCUUUAUCUAGAGCUGUACCCUCUGUGAUUGCACAAAGCGUUGAUUGGUGAUCAAGCAUUUUUAUAGCAAAUUAUGAAGUUGUUGGCUUUCCAUAGAUUAAGUUGAUCUGAAUAUAUUCCUACCCCUACAAAAAUAAAUAAGCCCAAAAUUCUGUUUUUCCUGUAGGUUACUUAAUUAUUGAAAGCAAUGCAUGUAUCCAGUUGAAAAAUGUCCUCUUUUGUAUAACAUUGAGUAAAUAUUGUAAAAAAUAAUUUGUUUAUUAUUUAUCAAAUUUCUUAAGAAGUUCUGAAUAGUUGUUAUUUUUAAGGCUCUCUCACUUUAUACCAAAGUAAAGUGGAGAUUAUGAUGAAAGAGAAAGGGAAAGAAAUCUUGGGAUGACACAUCAUUAAUUUCCCAAACUAAAUGUCU